CCCACGGGGCCGGCUGCGCCCGCGGCCCCGGCGGCUCGAGAGGCGGCGGGCGAGGAGGGGCCGGGACCCCCGGGGGCGUGCGGGGUUGCCGACAGACAUCGGUUCGGGUUUAUAGGGAUUUGUUUAGAUCGCAUUUUAAUGUAAAACCCACCACCCACCCGCCGAGAUCUUGUGACGAUGUGCUGAACUUUAUUCCCGCUGCUGGCACCGUUUUAAUAGAAGUUUGCGUCGGUCGCGGAUUUGGUGGCAACUUCCGUGUGCGUUGUGCGCACUUCUCGAGGGCGUCGGCGAGCAGAGGAGAACCUUGUUUGUGUUCGGGGGUAGGGGGAUACCAGUGGGGCCCAACUCUGUGAGCAGGUAGCUGCAGGGGUGGACGUGGUAUGCAACAGGCCACACAAUGUGCACUGAAUGUCCGACGUAGAUUCCGGCGUAAGGAAGGAGGCGAUGGCGUCAGUGGCCCUGAACGGGAUGAGCGUUUGAACUCGAGGUCGGAUUUGGCACCUUUGGGGGGACGGGGGGUAACAACAAUAACUUGACGCAUAUCGUAGCAAGAGGAAUAUUUGUAAAUCAGUGCCGUGAACUACAGAGAGAUAGAACUGCCGUGCAUUGUCUUGCGAGAGCGGUGUGCUGAUAGGCAACGUACAAAAGCGAUGACUUAUGGGAUGGGGCAAACAUUUAUCUAUACAGUACAACGAUUUAUUAGGCUGCACCGCCGUCUGCUGGCCAAAAUGUGUGAAUACUGAUAAACUUUUUUCCCCCCAGGAUAACUUCACCGCGAAUCUCGAGGAUUUUGAUUUCAAGAGGGUCUCUUGCAUUUGAACGGCAAAUUCCAUUCAUGUGUAUUUGGCAUGUAGGAGUAACACUAGAUAAUGCAGAGAAAACUUGGAAGUUGGGGAAGUCCUGCCAGAAAAUGGUUCCCAAUGGUUAUUGUUUAUUCUAGAUUUGAAGCUUUCGUGACUGCAAGGAUUUAUACUCUUAGGCUUUUUCGGUAAAGUCACGUAGGUAAAAAUAAAAAUAAAAUUAAUGGAAGUAAUAAUAGAAAUAUUGUUUAGGUCAUAGAGAGUAUAGAGAGUAUUUGUGAAGUUUUCCCCCUACUUUGUCACAAAUAAGGAGAAUCCCGCUGUCCUAUAAUGAUUCAACACUGAUUACUAACUCGUCAAUGAGCUUACUAUGUAUGUGCUACUUUGUAUUUAAUGGUGCUUCAAUUAGCCUAAUCAUCAUUUACCUCCUUGUUGAAAUCGUAAAUAUUUUAUUGUCAAAAAAAUGCUGCAUCUCAUUUCGCCAUAUCUUGAAAUGUGGGGAGUGGUCUAUGGUGUCAUAGGAAACCUGUUGUUCUGGAAGAGCUCGGGUCAUUACUUACGUUUCUCUGCACCCAGAGAUGUCUCAGAAGCAGGAGCUGGUGAGCCGACUCAGGCAGCAGGACAUGACUGGGAGGCUGUGGCCCUGGCUGGCCAAGCUUCCUCGUGCGUCCGUGCUCGUGCCGCUGUUGUUGUGGAACGGAGAGCCCCAUGUGCUGCUCACAGUGCGCUCUGAGCAGCUGCGAACAAAUAAAGGAGAGGUUUGUUUCCCGGGAGGGAAGCAAGACCCGCAGGACCAGGAUGAGACAGCCACAGCUUUGCGGGAGGCACAGGAGGAGAUCGGACUGCCCCCUGAUCAGGUCGAGGUGGUGUGUCAGCUCGUGCCCAUCAUCAACAUGAGGGGAUUAAUGGUCACCCCGGUGGUAGGAUUCGUGCCACCGGACUUUGAACCGAAGCCCAACCCGGAUGAAGUGAGUGCCAUAUUCCACAUGCCGCUGGCUCACUUUUUGAGCCCCAUCAACCACAGGGACCGUAAGUUCACCGCGCCAGGAGGCUCCACAUUUAAUAUCCACUACUUCACCUAUCAGGAAGCGAAGAGCGGUGAAGCUGAGGGACCUUCUUAUCAGAUUUGGGGCCUGACUUCCAUCAUUUGCAUCGUGGUUGCCACCAUCGUCCUUGGCCGAGCGCCUGAAUUCCCGGUGAAUUUCGACGUUUCAAAUCCCCAAGGUUUUAUGGAGCAGUAUCUGAAUGAUAGAAGGAUCCCCAAUAAGCUUUGAGAGCAUUAGCCUGAUACUGAAGUCAUAAUCAUCUGAAAACAUGAAGCUGAUCAUUUGUAAAACGGUGUACAGCAAUCCCUUGACAACCACGCUUUUGCCAACCAUGGUUUCGAGUAUCCACGCAUAAUAUUAUUUUUACCGUUUUUCUGCCAACCACGGUUUGGUUUUUCGUUUCCCGUGACUUGAAAUCUUCAAGCAUCUGCCACCGAGGGCGCUGUAAUACUCUAAAAUCGUACACCUGACGAAUCAAGCUUAAGAUCGAUGAUCCCAUCGCAGUCCGCUUUUAUUGUACCACGGCUCCAUCAAGCACGUGGUGUACCCAUGCUUGUCCACUUACAGCACUUGUCCGCGUCGUUCAGUGUUGUGCAGCAGUCGACCUCAUGAAAGUGUACCAGCAAUUUUUGCCAUUAAGCAUGGCACCGAAGCGUCGAGCUGGUGGUGAAGGUGAGCGUAAUGUGAAGAGGGCAAGGGAAGUGGUUUGUCUUCAGACAAAAAGAGUUCUUAGUCUUGCCAACCACGGUUUUUGCCAACCAGGGGGGGUUUCAGGAACCUAACCACCGUGGUUCGCGAGGGGUUGCUGUAUAUAUUAUUUGAAAUAGGUUUAAUUGGCUCAAAACACAAGCUCUUAAAAUCUAAGCAGACCAACUCUGGAUUUUACAGGCCCUUUGUUAUAAGACCGCCUUUUUACCCAUGAAGACACCCACCCCUUCUGAAGAAAUUAGGAACACUUCCCCUUGUGUUUACUAUUGUCUCUUCAAACAAUUCUUUACAUUCUCACCAUAAUCCAACUGAUCCACGUAUAUUAUUUUGUAUAGAUACACUGUAUACUCAAUAUACAGUAUAUAUUACAAAGUUAAUAAUGUACCAGUGGCAGUACUUUUUAUGUAAAACAUGUAUACCCAAAAUGUAAACGGAACAUUAAAGAAACAUGUGAUAAUACUUCUAAUUGUUAAAUGAGCAUUGUGCAUUGAACAUUGUGUGAACAGUGACUUGGAUAACUGUUGAAAUACUUUAUUAAAAUAUUGAAUCAUUUUA